CAUAUAAGUGAAACACACAACAUUGCAUCAACACCAUUCUCAGGACACUCACUGUGACUGGAUCACAAAUCGAGAAAGAAACAACCAACAUCAUGAGGUCAGCUGUACUUGUGACACUACUCUUUGGCCUGGCCUUUGCAGUCUUUGCUGAGACCGACCAUGCACGGGUUGCUCGUUCAGACUCAGACUCCAGCUCAGACUCCAGCUCAGACUCCAACUCUGGGUCAAGCGAGGUUACGCAGCUUAGCAGAGACCAGUUGAUCCAAAUUAUUUUAACCUUGUUGGGAGUUACUACUACCACCGCUGCCCCGACCCCUGCCCCUACCCCUGCCCCUACACCUGCCCCGGCUCCAGCUCCUGCCCCAGCUCCUGCUGCUGCUCCUGCUGCUGCUCCAGCUCCUGCCCCAGCUCCUGCCCCAGCUCCUGCUGCUGCUCCAGCACCAGCCUCUGGCAAAGCCCUUGUGGGCUAAAUCUGGGCUCUAGCCCAACGACCAUGGA